GUGCGUCCUGACAAAGUACCCACGCCAAGAUGGGUAGGCCUACUCACAUAACGCAAAGGACUAAACUUUGGAUAGGUUAUUUCGUUUUAUUUGCAGUUACUGAUGUUUCGGGUUCCAACAUCUGUACAUCCCGAGGGGCCAGCACAUGUAAGCAGUGUCUGGCUGUACAUCCUACUUGUGCGUGGUGUUCCCAAGAGGACUUUGGACAGGGGGUGGCAGGCUCGUCUCGUUGUGACCUGAAGCGUAACCUAUUGGUGGCGGGCUGUGCUCCCCCGGCCGCCCUUGAGUUCCCCACCAGCAAGCUGCAGGUGAAGGAGGACCGGCCCCUCAGCAACAAGGCAGCCGGAGACACGGCCGACGCCACGCAGAUCCAACCUCAGAGACUCCACAUCACCCUCAGACCAGAUGACUCCAAGCGGUUCACAGUGAAGGUGCGCCAGGUGGAGGACUACCCGGUGGACCUGUAUUACCUCAUGGACCUGUCCUUCUCCAUGAACGAUGACCUGUUCCGCCUCCGCACCCUGGGGAAAGGCCUGGCCGAGGAAAUGGGACGCACCACCAGCAACCUGCGCAUGGGCUUCGGAGCCUUCGUGGACAAGCCACUGUCGCCUUACAUGUACAUCUCCCCCAAGGAGGCCCUGCUCAACCCCUGUCACGGGAUCAACACCACCUGCCUGCCCCAGUUUGGCUACAAGCAUGUGCUGUCUCUGACUGAGGAAGUGGGCCGCUUCACUGAGGAGGUGAAGAAACAAAUCGUGUCCAGGAACAGAGAUGCCCCCGAGGGAGGCUUUGACGCCAUUAUACAGGCUGCCGUGUGUAAUGAGAAGAUCGGUUGGCGUCAGGGUGCCUCUCACCUCCUGAUCUUCACCACCGAUGCCAAGACCCACGUGGCGCUUGAUGGGCGCCUGGCGGGUAUCGUGCAGCCCAAUGACGGGAAGUGCCACCUCAACUCAGAGAACAUGUACAGCAUGUCUACUAUCAUGGACUACCCGUCACUGGCUCUGAUCACAGAGAAGAUGUCAGAGAACAACAUCAACCUCAUCUUUGCCGUCACCAGUGUCGUGGUGCCCCUCUACCAGAACUACAGUGAGCUGAUUCCUGGGACCACUGUGGGCACCCUGUCCAAUGACUCAGGCAAUGUCAUCCAGCUCAUAUUAAAUGCCUAUGCGAAAAUCCGCUCAGUGAUUGACAUGGAGACACAGGGGGUUCCUGAGGAGCUGUCUCUCUCCUUCAACGCCACCUGUCUCAAUGGAGAGGUCAUCCCUGGCAUAAAGUCCUGCUCUGGACUCAAAAUAGGAGACACGGUCUCCUUCAGCGUGGAGGCGCGGGCGCGCGGCUGCCCCAAGGACAAGCGCAAGACGUUCGUCAUCAAGCCUGUGGGCUUCAAGGACUCUCUGACCGUCACUGUCACCUUCGAGUGCGAGUGCAAGUGCCAGGCCCACGCCGAGCCACUCAGCCCUGUCUGUAACAAUGGCAACGGCACCUACGAGUGUGGCAUCUGCCUGUGUGACCCGGGGCGACUGGGGCCGCGGUGCGAGUGUGCCGAGGGUGACUACAGCACCACGGAACAGGACCGGUGUAGUGUCCCCUCCACCGUGGGCAUUGGGGGUGCAGGGGGUCCUGGGGCAGCGGUGUGCACUGGGAGGGGCGACUGCGUGUGCGGGCAAUGCGUGUGCCACAGCAGCGACUUUGGCAAGGUGUGGGGCAAGUUGUGCGAGUGCGAUGACUUCAACUGCCUGCGUUACAAGGGCGAGCUGUGCUCAGGCCACGGCACCUGUGACUGUGGGUUCUGCCAGUGUGACUCGGACUGGCAGGGGGAGAACUGUAACUGCUCCCGCCGUACUGACACCUGUAUGUCCAGCCUUGGCCUGCUGUGUAGUGGCCGGGGCCAGUGUGUGUGCGGGGCCUGCGAGUGCACCCAGCCGGGGGCCUACGGGGCCACGUGCGACAAGUGCCCCACCUGCCCCGAUGCCUGCACCAUGAAGAAAGAGUGUGUGGAAUGUAAACAUUUCAAGCGAGGGAAGCUGUUUGAUGACAACACCUGCACCCGCAUCUGCAGAGACGAGAUUCAGCUAGUGGACGACCUUGAGUUCCAUGAUAAAAAUGCUGUGAACUGCACCUAUAAGGAUGAGGAUGACUGUGUGGAGCGCUUCCAGUAUUAUGAGGACGCCAGUGGCAAGUCCAUCCUAUUUGUGGUCAAAGAGCCUGACUGCCCUAAGGGUCCAGACAUCCUGGUGGUGCUGCUGUCCGUAGCCGGGGCCAUCUUGGUUCUGGGUCUGGUCGGCCUGCUCAUCUGGAAGCUGCUGGUCACCAUUCAUGACCGCCGUGAGUUCGCCAAGUUCGAGGAGGAGCGUGCUCGCGCCAAGUGGGAUACGGGCCAUAACCCCCUGUACAAAGGAGCCACCUCAACCUUCACAAACAUCACAUACAGAGGCAACAAGGACUGAUGGAAACCAGGAUCACUGAAAUGACUGCAUCAUUUGAAGGAUCACUGAAAUGACUGCAUCAUUUGAAGGAUCAUUAAAAUAACUGCAUCCCAUUGGAUUCUUUCACUUUCCUCUGGAAUGUUACGAUUUCAUGUGCUGACUCUACUGUCACAAGACGAAGAUGUAAUAUUUGUGUAGUGGUUUGUUGUACAUAUGUAUUUAAACGAUACCAAAUAUGUUUUUCGGAGGCAUUUCAACAUUAACUACCAUCAAGUUCUAUCAAAAUCCAUAAAUAUAACUUAGGCUGUCCAUUAAUGAAAGUAGAGUAGGCUACAUUGAGAGAUAAAUGUACGACAGUAGACGUGACUCAAGUAAGGCACAUUACUUUCUUUAGUGACAGAGGAGAAGCGAAGGACAAAUAGAAUAGAAGAGGACUGGCCACCCCUCAGAGCCUGGUUCCUCUCUUGGUUUCUUCCUAGGUUCCUGCCUUUCUAAGGAGCUUUUCCUAGCCACUGUGCAUUGCUUGC